AUGAUCAGGUUUUCUGUUCUUACUUGCCUAUCAGUGCUGCUGUUCAGCACCUCAGCCAUGCCAUACAGGCCCAAGUGGAAAAUGGUUGGCAAAGCUGCUCAGGACACAGUGGAAUCUGAUGAUUUCAAUGGGAAGAUGAUGCUGGGAAUGAAAGAGGUGGAGCCACCACAGGACAUUGAUCCUGACAUGUUGAUAUGGAAAGUCGUAAAAGAAGAAAUACAGCAGAAAUACAACAGACCUGAAGAGGAUAAAGAUGCUCUCUACCACCCCGCUGAAAUUCAGCUUGCAGCUGAACAGCCUGAAACCUUCUUUCAGCCACUGGGACGAGAUCAGGUACGGAUGUAUGAUAAACCAGAAGAGGACAGGGAUUAUCUAUACCAUGGCAUAUUUGCUGAAGCUGAUAAGAAGCUCUAUCCUGAAGAGCCAAUGAGAGCAGAGAAGGAUGCUCAAGUAAUUGGAGGUAAUAGCAGGCGCCUGUACUCAAGCCCUGAAGAGGACAAAGAUGGCCUGUAUCAUGCAGAUGUCAGAGUAGAACAGUCUGACAAGCAGGCUACACCGAUGAACAUAUUCCUUGUUCACCCAAAAAGGGUCCACACAGAGCCAGAGGUAGACCUGGAUGGCCUUUAUCAUAUUUAA